UGUGACGUACGUCAGAACAGUUUCCGGUUGAUUUGUCCCUGUCUCUCUCUUUUCGGGUUGUCGCUAACGUCAACAACACGCACGUUACCGAGGCGGAGUGAAUUUUAUUCGUUUUUCACCGCAAUUUUACUAACAAAAUGCCGCAGGAAAUCAAGGAAGUGAAAGACUUCCUCAUCAAGGCCCGCAGGAAGGAUGCGCGUGCGGUCAAGAUAAAGAAGAACGAGACCAACACCAAGUUCAAGAUCCGCUGCUCCCGGUACCUGUACACGCUUGUGGUUAAGGACAUGGAGAAGGCAGAGAAGCUAAAGCAGUCGCUGCCCCCUGGCCUGCAGGUGAAGGAAGUGAAGUGAAGUGGCGGUGUUGCUUUGAAGCUGCUGCCGCUGCGUCUGUUGUGAAAUGGACGGGGCGGAUUCCGGUUUGACGUUUGACCGGUAAUCGUUCCGCACAGCCUCUCGUGAAGUAAUGUGGUGUUUCGUUCGUGUACUCUGUGUUUGCGGCUGCACACAGAAUGUGUAAUGUGAAGAAGCUGAUCAGCAGUUUCACAUGCGUGAUGGCGGUGAAUAAAGAGUAUGUGAGACGAAUCGAUACAACGAAUGUUGUUUGCUG